AGCCGAGUGUUCUGUCGUGGGCCCUCGGAUGCCCCCACCCCCAUCCCGCGUCUCCACGGACGUGAAGGCUGCCGUGCCGCAGCAGCAGCAGCAACAUCCCCGGUGGAAGCCUCCAAGCUGCGUUUUCCUCACCGCGACAGAUCCCCGUGGAAACCGGUAAACAGCUGGACUGUGGAAAACCCACCGGCUCGCAAUGACAGAGGAAUAAGAAGAAGAGCACUAGGUUGGGGGUCCAGCUUGUUUAUCAGACUGAUAGAAAUAAACAUCUGGUUUGACGCUGGUAUGCUGGAGCUGGAUAACUAUUGCUGUGUGACCGACACCCAUCUGCAGUUGAUUACAGCACAAUGAAAAAGGUGAAGCCAACUCAGGUCAGUGGACCCAAACUGAUUGGAGACAUGUUCUAAGCUUUAUCCAUCUGUUACCAUGAAAGGGUUAGGAGCCAGCCGCAGUCGCCACCUGUCUGACUCAUGUGAACCGGCGGGGUGCCCUCAGAAGCCUUUGUGCCCUCUUACGUCGGAUCCCCACAGCUCCUUUCUAUUAAGCCCUACAGUAAACCACUAUGGCACUUUGGACCCACAUCUCCAUCACUACACCCCUACCAGCCCCACCUCCAUAACCCCUGACUGUCUGCUGCCUUUCAGUCCCAUUCCCAACAGCAGCACUUUCCCUCGUCUGCAUUUUACACCUCAGGCUGACCAGCUCGAUUGCCCCCAAAGCUGCAUUCCUGGUGGUGGGCAGGGGGGCAGGGCAGGUACUCUGUCCACCUCCUUGUCUAUGGGUAUGGGGUUAGGUCUGGGUCUGACUGGUGCUCCCAUGAUCACCAGCGGAUCAGCCACCAUUUCCUCUGCAGCAGCAGCUAAGAUGAACCGAUUGCCCUCAAGCCUUUUGGAUCAGCUUGAGAGGCACCUGCCCCUGCAGCGCGAUGGCUUCAGCACACUGCAGUUUCACAGAGGACGAAUGUCCAAGCAGCGCAGUGAGAGUCCAGGUCGGAUCCGCCACAUCAUGCACUCUGUGCAGAAACUGUUUGCCAAGUCCCAGUCUCUAGAGAACUCUGGGCAGAAAGGCAGCUUAAAUUCAACAGGAAGUGGCGAGGAAAGUGGCAGGCCAAGCCGCAGGAGCAAGAGCAAGGACAGAGCUAAGACUGAGGGAUCAAAACAAAGACCUAGACCUACUACACUAGGCCUUUGGGGCUCAGAUGAUGCUCUGGACACUGACACCAAAGCUGGCACUAUUGCUGUAGGUUACCGCAACCCACUGAGCAUGAUGACUCUUGGCAGAGCAGUGUCAGACAGCCAGACUGCUCUCCGACAUAUUCCACAGGGCUAUAAUACAAUUUCUACACAUUCUCUCAAAACCUCAAAAAGCAGCAGUGACCUCAAGUUCCUGGCAUGCCCGGCAAUGCAGGUUGGACCCAAGGAAGAGGAGCUAAGAAACAUUGGGAGUAAGGAUGACAUGGCGGUCAAAAGGGGCACCUGGUCCACUCUCACCUUAAACCAGGCCAGGCAAGUGUUGCAAAAAGGCUCUGCUACAGUCAACAGGACCCUGCUAAAGACAAAGUCAUGCCACCAGGAUCUGGCACAGCAAUUUCUUCAGGUUCCCCUGGAUGACUGGACGGGAAGUUUGGGACAUGGAAGAUCCAAGGGAACAGAGAUCCCAUGCCGAAGGAUGCGCAGUGGCAGCUAUGUGAAAGCCAUGGGAGAUCCAGAAGACAGCGAGGAAUCCGAGGGAAGCCCCAAGCCUUCCCCAAAGUCUGCAGCACGUCGCCAGAGCUACCUGAAGGCCACCCAGUCCUCCCUGAGCGAGCAGCAGCCACCGCCACCCCCUCGCAACUCCCUGCCAUCCCUCAAAGAGCUGUCCACAAAUCGGAGCCUUGAUAACCUGGACUGCCUGGUCAGCCCCCUGGAGCCUCCUCCACGUCACAGGAACAAUGAUUUCAACCAAUGCUCCGGCACACUGGGCAGAGGCUUAGGCACUCAGGUAUUCGCUCAGGGCUGUGGACACUCAUUACCAUACUGUGAGGGGGAAUCAAAGGCAGUCGAGGCUCUGGAUCUGCCUGCACCCACGUGCUUCCGUUCUCGCAGUCACAGUUACCUGCGGGCAAUCCAGGCAGGUUGUUCACAGGAUGAAGACACUGCUUCUGUGGAUUCGGAGACACCCCCACCCACCACUGUAGGCUUCAGCUACAGCUCCAACUCAAUCAGCAAUAGGAAGGCUCCUCCUCCAGUCCCACCCCGAUCUGCAUCCAAGCCUCUCAUCUCAGUGACUUUGCAAAGCAGCACCGAGUCAGCCCAAGACACAUACCUAGACCAACAAGACCGGAGUAGUGAGGUCAACAGCCAGUCGGGGCACAGCAACUCGUCUGACAGUCUCUGUAGCAUACGUACAGGCAGCCUGUUGAAGAGGACCCAGCCUUCUAAAGCCCCCGUCUCCAUCAUAAGCCUUGCACCAGCUGCAGGCUCUGGACCCCCUGUCCCAGCCCCACGUGACUUCUCCUCCACCACUGUUGCGACCACCUCAACAUCUGCUCAAUGCCAAAAUGAUGCGGUGAAUACUGGUGCCACCCUAGAGCAGCCCCCAACAGCCACCAAGAGGAAACUUUCCUCUAUUGGAAUCCAGGUGGAUUGCCUUCUUCCAGUUCCAAGGGAAGAGCCAUUACCCCUGACUGCACCAUUAAAGUUUCAGUCCAUUGGUGUUCAAGUUGAAAACGGCAGGCCUCUCAGCCGGGAUAGCAGCAUGGCUUCCAGACAAAAUACAGAGACUGAGCCUCAGCUACAGGAUGCUGCACCCACAGAAAAUGCUACUACCAAUUGCACCAACAGCCAGACACUAAACAGCACCACAACUAAUGGACAGGACAAAGCCAUGGAACAGCAUCAUCUUAAACACUUAACUCCAUCAAGGAUAUCAAACUCACCUCCUGAGACUCUGGACCCAGCUUUAGACCCCUCUUCUCUGCCUCCUCCGGAUCCCAGCCUCGAAUCUGGAAACUGCACCUCUUCGGGAGAUGCGGUGCACCCAGGUACUCCAGCAUGCCUCAGAGAUGGAAACUGGUUUCUGAAGCUGCUGCAGGCAGAAACAGGCCGCAUGGAGGGCUGGUGUCAGCAGAUGGAGCAGGAGACCAAAGACAACAAGCUCUCAGAGGAGGUGUUGGGGACCAUCCGUAGUGCAGUGGGAAGUGCUCAGCUCCUCAUUUCACAGAAGUUUGAGCAGUUUAGAGGCCUCUGUAAGGAGAAUCUGAACGUUAAUGCCAACCCAAGACCAACAGCACAGGACCUUGCAGGCUUCUGGGAUCUGCUGCAACUAUCAAUAGAAGACAUCAGCAUGAAGUUUGACGAGCUCUACCAACUAAAAGCAAAUAACUGGCAACUUCCAGAAAAGCCGGAGAAGAAGGAUGAAAACAAGCAGCUUCCAUCAUCUGUGCCAAAGAAGCAGUCCAAACCCCGACUGUCAACAGGGAAAGACAAAAGUGUAGACUCUGCGGUGGACAAGCAGCGACAAGAAGCCAGAAAGCGGUUGAUGGCAGCCAAAAAGGCGGCAUCAGUACGACAGAACUCUGCCACAGAAAGUGCUGACAGCAUUGAAAUCUACGUCCCCGAGGCCCAGACCCGCCUCUGAGAACAAGCCACCAUCGAUGAUAAAACACUCACUUUCAGUUACUCGUUGCCACAGACACACAAUUCUGAAAUGAACACACAGAUGUGUAUAACUGAUGCACAGAGGCUGAUCUUUUAGCAACGCAGCUGAUGAAGAUGUGAGGAUCACAGAGCACCGUAAUAUUCCAGAUAGUGAUCCUGCCACCUUUGGACAGAAAAACCUUCACAGAUGUUUAAUACUAUUGUUAUUAUGUUAUUGUUAUUAUAACUAUCUCCUAAAAUAUUUCAAGACUGUCUUUAAUUGUGAAAGUAUCUUGAAUUAGGACAUUCUGUACCUUGUGAACUGAAAUAUCUUGGCAUCCCAAAAGUUUACUUUCUAGGGAAAAAAAAAAAAAAAAAUCCCCUCACUGCUGAGUCGACAGGCGAAUUGUGGCUGUGCGGUUUACGAGCUGAGCUACCAUCCACACACACUCAGGACACACAUGCAGGUGUACUCACUGUCCAGAGUCUUCCUGUUCUCUUUCUUUAUAUUGGCGUAUGGUGCAAGCUCUUUACUGUGUUAGGAAUACAAGAUGGUGUUUGAACCGAAGAGAACCAUAGGAAGGCAGUAGCAUAUAUUAUAAAAAACACACUAUUACAAUGUUAAUUUUGUAAAUGCUGUAUACCAGAAUAAUUGUUAGAAAGAGGUCAGUGUUAAGCACCAAGUUAGUUUUAUAUAAAGUACAUUUACUGUCAUGAUAUAUUUGCACUUGAUGCAAUCAUUCACAUAGUCCUUUUCCUCUAUUAUUCCCUUUCACAAACAUUCAUCACAAGCUGUCAAUAUCCAAUCUUAUGUUCAUUUCUUUUGCUUUUGAGUAAUGGAUUCAAGGGAGACUUGCUUAAUCAGUGAGCUACAGUGGAAUGUAUGAAAUGCAACUUGAUCACUGCACUUUCAGUUCACCUCAGAUCAAGUUUGGCCACCUUUAUUUUCUUAAUCAUUCUAACUUUUCACUGCAUCCUGAUUGGAUGUGGGGGACCAAGACAUUCACCUCUCAAUGUGGUAUUCCUUUUCAACCAGGCGGGGGUGGAGGGGGAGGGGACUUUUUCUCACUCCUGAGGAGAAUCCUAAUAGAAAAGCAAUAAUUUAGACAUUUCAGACCAAUCGAAGAUGUAGGUAUCCAUUCUUCAAAAUUUAUUUUGUUUUGUUUUUUUAUGUGAAGGACAAAUAAGUUUAUUGAUGAGCUGCAUUGUUGGAAUAAAAUAAAUCUCAGGUUAAACACCUUGAUAGAUGAACCAUUUUUGAAUAAAGAUUUCCUAUAUAAGCUUAAAUCAAAUGGCCAAAACCCCUGAGCUUUAGAAAAUGCUCUUCAUGCAUCAAAGCAUGAUCAGUGUUCCUCUAACCCCUCCCCCAGUGGAUAGUUCUGUGCAGUCUUAAGGUGACUAAUGGCAUGUCUUUAUUUUCAGUUAUUGCAUUGUGAUACAUUUUUUUGGUUGAGACUCAAAGUCUAAGGUACAAUUAAGUUUUUAUGUAAUUUCACAUAUUUUUGACUUUCAACAUUAAUAAAAAAGUUACAUAAACAUGUAAUUUGAUAGAUAUUUGAAAUGCAAGAAUUUUUCGCCAACUCCAUUUCAGUUUCAUUUGCUCACUUUUAUAUAAAAAAUUAUUUAAAUGUGUUUUGAGUUCAGCUGCAUUAUUUUCCAUGUGCUUUACCUCGGUAUGUGACAUCCCUCGUCAAAUAGUGGUUUGAAUCGGAGGAAUUUCUGAAGCAAAAUAUUUGAUUUGAGGAUUUCGCACCUUUGCAAGUAACCUGUUAAAAAUACAAUAACUUAGGGCCUAAAGUGCUACAUCCAGCAAAUAUAAAGAAAGGCUGGUUUUGCAUAUACGUGGUUGUUUAAAUACGCUUGAUACAUUAAAAAUAAAUGUUAAAAACACAUUUUAUAAAUUCCAUAUUUAUGUAUCAAAUCAAUUCCAAUAUUAACAUAAUUAUAGAUAAUGUACAUAACAUGCUGUUACAGUUGUAUUUAAAUGACCAUGUAUAUUAAUAUUUCAAAAUUUGUUGAUAGAACUGUGGCACCUUUGGCCCUCAAUUUGUUUUUUUGUCAAUUUACAUGGCUUUUUCUUAGAGCUUCCCCUACUGGUGAGUGAAUAGAACACUUAGAACAUGUGGUUAUCCUUUUAGUUAGGAAAAAGGAUCAAGCAAAUAAUGUUGAACUGGGAAUACUGAUACAACCCUGCAAAAUCACUUCUCUUAUUUGUACAACAUUCAACAUUGGACACGCUCACCUCAUUGUCCUGAAAAAUCAUUAAACAUCCCUUUGCCACAUUUCCUGGUCAUCAUUCCUGUAAUCUUUCCUUAUAGCAUUCAUUAUCCAACGGUAAUAUUAGCUACCAAGUUAAUAUUACACCAAUAGUAAAAUUAUAGGCAUUACAGCAUAUUUUUUAUUACUGUGUAAUCUCUGAAAGCAUGGCAUUUCUUUAAUAUAACAUAUACAAAGAUUCUUACCAGUGAACUUAUAGUAUUCCUUUCAAUAGGUCUUGCAAAUUAUCUGUGUGAGGCAUUCAGGGUAUGUACUGUUUGUUGGCAUUCAUAAAUGGGACAGUUUGUGGAAAGCAUUCUCUUUAUUUCAAAUCAUCUUAGAGCCGGAUCCCUUUACUUGCCCAUACACUGAGAGCAAGACCUCCGAUCAGGGAUCUUUAGACAGUUUACCAGUACUUCCCGAGUUCCAAAGGGCUACAAAAUGGACAAACCGGAAGGUGCAACUCUGGAGGUUCACUUUGCUGAUGUGCUUUUCAACCACCGUGUAAGCAAGGCAAUACUUUUCCGGCUAUGUGAUGAAUUUAUUUAUUCUGCCUGCUUGAUAGACAGAAACUGAAUCAUAAUUACAGUGCAUUCUUACUGCAGAAGCUAUCCUUAGUGGCCUCUAUUCCAUUGGCUGCAUAUCUGUCCUCAGAGACCCAGUUAGUCAAAUAAGCAAAAACUCUAGUUCCAGUUUCCGCUGUCCUGAAUAAUUUUACACUAGAAGCACAUAUCAUACACAUGAAGGGUUGUUUAACGUUACUGUGUAUUAGUUAGACACUGUGAGCCUAGUUUCUUUCAAAGAUAAUAAAGAUUUUGUGAUUGCAAUGAUUUAUGUGGCACAUUUUAUGUAUAACAUAAGAUGUAGUAUUAAAAAGGAAUGCCACCAAAUUUUUGUAAUGCAUAUUCUUAUUUAUGAUGUUUCAAGCUAAUGAAUUGUCUCAAUUCUAUCAAUUAUACUUAAACCUGUUGCAGAAAA